UCACUCUACCCUUUUGUUUCUUGAUCCACAUAUCGACAAUGCCCAUCUCCAUCUAAACAUAUCAGGAGUUAUGAGUAUCCCUGGAAAUGUGAUAAAAACUCCAGAAAAGCUGUUGAUUAUAGAUCAUGCCAUGUUGUAGGCUAACAACUGGCUCAUUCUUGUCUUUAAGUCAACACGUAGCGUCGGGCCAAGUAGCUACCUAGUAAUACGUCGACGCCCGCAGCCCCCUCAGAGAUAUCUGGAUAGCAGCACCACCGCCCGCCACAGUCACCCCCAACCACCGAAAAGACUUCAGAUCUCAAUCGAAGCUCGGUAGUCACCUUGGCUGAACAUCUUCCCUCUCUUCACACCAUCACAUUCACGCCAUGGAUACGGACCCACUAACAGGUGCAGCCCUUCCCGCAACCGCCAUCCAACGCGUCCUCUACAUCUGCCCCCGCGCCCACAUCUACCAAAUCCCACCUCUGCGCAGCACAAAAGGGCACUCAGCUUCGCAAUGGACAGCUGUGGGCAAUCCUACAGCGCAAGAGAUCUUCACUGCACGAUUACGCAUUGUCGAGACUGCAAUCCCCACACAAGCCAGCGCUAGCACGGCAGAUCAUGCACAAGAAGAGAAAGUCACAGUGAACGUAUUACUUGAAGAAGCGAGUAGCGGGAAUCUGUUCGCCGCGGUGCCGUAUACAGACGAAGGCGCAGUAGAGCCGGCGGUUGACUCGUCGCGCUUCUUUGCGAUCCGAGUAGUCGGCGAUGGGAGGAAGGCAGUGCUGGGGCUGGGAUUCGAGGAACGAGCUGAAGCAGUGGAUUUCAGCAUUGCGCUGCAAGAUGCGCAGAGGGUGCUUGGGCUGCAGAAGAAGGGCGCAGCUGAGCCCGGGUCAAGUAGAGGGCCAGGAGAGCAGAAAAGUGACGUGAAGCGCGAUUACAGUUUGAAAGAGGGAGAGACAAUCAAAGUAGAGAUUGGAGGGAGAAGAGGGAGGAAUACAGGAUCGAGUACGAUGACGGCGACUGGUGGUGGUGAGGAUCAAGGUCUGUCAAAGUUCACAUCGAAGCCGCCGCUUACGAGUGGUGGUGGAGCAUUCCCGUUGAUACCACCACCACCCAGCGCGAGCGCUGUCAAAAGUGAGAGGAGGAGGAGGAGUCGGAAUAUGCAAUAUGGAAGUGCGUCGACGGACCCGAACAAGGAAGCCAAAGAAUUGGGAUUUGACGAUGGCGAGUUUGGCGAAUUUCAGUAAGAUGGAACGAGAUUUGUCUGUGGAUGAAUGAAUAUACCCUUGCGGCUACGAAGCCUCCGACAUGCAAAUUUGCUUCGCCGAGCCCCAUGCCACCGCUACCUGUUCGAACGCCAGUAAUAUGCUUGUAAGAGAACCGACCUAUACGUAUAUACGUCUCUAAGACGAGCUAUUAUAUAGCUCUUCGAUCUCUUCGAUUAGGUCCUUGGGCU